AUGCCAAUGUGUAAUGCUCCAAAUUAUAAAAUAUCAACAUAUUUAGCAAAUAUAUUAACAGAACAAAAAGAAAAAGAUCCAUCUUAUGUCAAAGACUCCUUUCAAUUUGCUGAAGAUAUAAAGAAAAAGAAUAUUGAAAGAAAUGAAAUAAUGAUAAGUUACAAUGUUCAAUCUUUAAAUCCGAAUGUACCAACCGAAGAAGUUAUACGAUUAGCAGUAGAUUUAAUAUGGAAAAAAUGA